CCCCUUUUCUUCCACAUCUCGAGAUCGAAAACACACACAACAUUAUUUCUGUGAAAGAAGAAAACAGUAGAGACGAAAAUGUCAGGGAUUAUGCAUAAGAUCGAAGAUGCUCUCCACAUCGGAGGCCGCAAGAAAGAGGAAGAGCACAAGGGCGAACACCAUGGCGAGCACAAGGGCGAGCACAAGGGCGAACACCAUGGCGAGCACAAGGGCGAACACAAAGAGGGGAUCGUCGAUAAGAUCAAGGACAAGAUCCAUGGUGAAGGUCAUGAAGAGAAGAAGAAAAAGAAGAAGGAAAAGAAGCACGGUGAGCACGGCCACGAUGGCCACAGCAGCAGCAGCGACAGCGACAGCGACUAGAUGUUCUUCACUCUAACCUCCUCUAGGUAUAUAUAUGGGGAAUUGCAGUGGAAGAUGUUGCAUGUCUGAUUAUAUCUGCUAGCGUUUUCAGUAAUCUUUUUUUUAAAAAAAAAAUGAAGAAGAAAUAGAAGAAGAAGAGAAAGAGGAAGAAGAAGAAGUCUGUGAUCAUGUGAGUCAUGAAUUUUACCUAGUGUAAAAUAUGAAUUGCGUGAAAGCAGGCUUUGAUUGUUUAAUAACGAUUUUCUAUUUAAUAAUAUAUGUUUCUGAGUUUCUCUUGGGUUGUAA